AUGUCCAACAAAGAGACAAAUUAUCAGAAUACACAGAAUGAUAAUGAUGAUCAGACGCAUAAACCGGUAAAUAGCUCUGAUCCUAGCACUACAGGAAAGUCUGAGUAUUAUCCUAAGACCUGUAGGAUAUGCCUCGAAGAAGUGCACCCAUCUUACAACAUUCCGGAUGGGGCUAUUAGCGGGCUGCUUCACCCGAAACCAGAACCGCAAUGGAUAUCUGAAGACCCAAAAUCUGGCCGUUUAAUUAGGCCUUGCCGUUGUAGGGGAACCCAGAAGUACGUUCAUGAGGGCUGUCUACAACUCUGGAGACUUUCCAAUACAAUGCAAGCUCACAAACAAAACUUUUGGGAGUGUCCAACCUGCAAAUUUAGGUACCGCUUAGAGAGGAUGGCAUGGAGCCGUAUGAUAACUAGUCCAUUAACUCGGAUCGGAAUCACAAUCUCAAUAGUGAUCAUUGCAGUUUUCCUACUCGGAUUUAUCGCUGAUCCUAUCAUUAAUUUGUACUUGAAUCCAAUCAGUACUAUAGCGACUGUAUCAACUAAAGAAGCCCCUGCGAGGAAUAUGAAGGACAAUAAUUUUUCUUGGUCUACACACUUCCUCAAAGGAUUUGCGUCCAUAGGUAUAUUUGGAAUUUUAAAGAGCAUGCUAGCUAUGUCGUCUUGGCAAUUACUUUUUCGAGGAUUCGGAGUGCGGACUAGCCGGAGGAGGAAUCACGCAGCUCAAGACCAAUUAGGUGAUAUCCCUUGGGUAAUGGUAUUCAUCGGUGCUUGCGCGUUUCUUAUGGCAGUAUGGAGUGUUGUCCAAGCAUGGACUGAUUCACUAAUGAAAAAAGUUGGUGAACGUGUAGCUGAUGUUCAAGGGGUUGAUGAAGCUGAUCCCCACAUGCCUCAGAGGCCAGAGUCUAAAUAG